UAAGGGAAAAAAUGCAGCGUGGCGAUUGUUCCAUAGGAGGUUAAAGGGGACGCGGGGUGGUGGCUUGUGCUGGCAGGCUGCAGGGGAAGUGAACGCAUUCAGGAGGGAGGGCAAACGAGAAUUGUUUGUUUUUCUCCAGUUUCUGUUCUUCUUGCAUUAGGUAUCCCUUAGUGCACAGUGGAUUUCACCGUUUCCUCUACGUAGUCAGUUACGCCUCCUCCUUUUUAAGCUAUACUUGUGUGCAAAACAGAGCCUCGGUCCUUUGAUUUUCCCACCUGAUUACCAUUAUGAUGUGAAGAUCAAUUGAUCUUAGUGGAUCAAUUCACUUGUAUAAAAGUUAAGCAGGUGCACAGCUAUUAGCAUGCCCAAGCCCGAUUACGUUCCUCCAUUUUGUUUUCCUCAUAGUGACCCGGGGAGAGAAUGAACUACAACUGGGGAAAAUGACAGGAAGUCCGAUGAUCGUUUUAAACUUUUCCCCCUUUUGACUAGGGGUUCCAGCUGAUUAGUUGUGGGGUGCUCGGAUGGAAUGCGCGGGAGAAACGCGAUGUAUUAUGAAAGGCGCUUAACUCUUUAUUUCUAACAACUGAGAAGAAACCAAUGAGAAUGGGUUGAGAAGGCGGAAAAUCCUGCGGCGUUGCAAAUUCCCCUCCUGGACAGCAACAGCUACUUCGUGAGCUGAAGCACCGACAGCAAAAAGGCAGCCCCUUUGCAUAGGGGAGCGGAGAGAGGUGUUAAACCAAACCGCACACCUCAUGAGGGGAACCACUUCAAACCAGGGCACCUCUAAUUCCAGCACCUGCUUUACAUGCCUGCAAGCUGCUUUACAGCAUCCCAGCUGGUAGGCUGGGGAAAACGCUAGCGACUCAUCCAAUCCACAGCUCGGAGCGCUGGCUACCCAAUGAAGGGAGCCGUCUUGUGAACCCAGCCAACCCAAGGCUGCAGGGAGGAUCUGGCGAAGGGCCGCGCUUCACUCAGCCAAUGUCAGGACCGCUCUUGCCAGCCUUCCGGGACAGCGCUGCUAGGUCAAAGGAGGGUGCCCUGUAUGUGCUGCGGCCCUGGGCUGAGCAGCGGGGAGGGGAGCCUGUAGGGUGCGCCUCACCCGGGAAAAGAGGAGGGUCUGUAGAUCGCGAUGUCUCACUUCUUCCAAGCCCUGUGCAAUAAACCCAAAGCAAGGCCGGGCGGGCCAGGCAUUCAGGAGAAGGACUUGCACCAAUGGGGGCUGACAGGUAUCCAGCUACGCUCCUACCAAAUGGAAGGAGUAAAGUGGCUUAUACAGUGCUACGAAAUUCAGUGUGGCUGCAUCCUUGGUGAUGAGAUGGGUCUUGGAAAAACUUGUCAGACUAUUGCUCUGCUUGUUUAUUUGACUGGAAAGUUAAACAAAAGGCCAUUUCUGAUUCUUUGUCCUCUAUCUGUGUUGAGCAACUGGAAGGAGGAGCUGGAGAGAUUUGCUCCAGGUCUUUCCUAUGUGGCGUAUGCAGGAGACAAGGAGGAAAGGGCCAAGCUGCAGUGGGACCUGAAAGCGCAUUCUCAUUUCCAUGUGCUGUUAACUACAUAUGAGAUUUGCCUAAAAGAUGGAGCAUUUCUAAAAUCUUUUAACUGGGCUGCUCUGGUUGUGGAUGAAGCCCACCGACUGAAAAAUCAGAACUCACUGCUGCACAAGACACUUUCAGAGUUUUCAGUGGGCUUCAGCCUCCUGCUCACCGGCACGCCUGUUCAGAACAGUCUCCAGGAACUGUACUCCCUGCUCAGUUUUAUUGAGCCUGGUAUCUUUCCUAAAGAACAAGUGGAAGAGUUUGUUCAGUGUUAUCAUGGGAUUGAAAAGGAGAGCAAGCCAGCCAAAGAAUUGCACUGUCUUCUGCAGCCCUUCUUGCUUAGGAGGGUGAAAGCUGAGGUCACAGCAGAGCUGCCUAAGAAGGUAGAAGUGGUUCUGUAUCAUGGGAUGUCAGCUCUGCAGAGAAAAUACUACAAAGCUAUUUUGAUGAAAGAUCUAGAUGCAUUUGAAAAUGAAGCAGGGAGGAAAGUUAGACUUCAGAAUGUCUUAAUUCAGCUUCGAAAGUGUGUAGCCCAUCCAUACCUGUUCAGUGGUGUCGAACCAGAGCCCUUCGAAAUUGGAGACCACCUCAUUGAAGCCAGUGGGAAGCUGUGCUUGUUGGACAAACUCCUUUCAUUCUUGUAUGCUGGUGGCCAUCGGGUCUUGUUGUUUUCUCAGAUGACUCGGAUGCUGGAUAUUCUGCAAGACUACAUGGACUAUAGAGGCUACAGCUAUGAACGACUGGAUGGAUCCGUCCGAGGGGAAGAGAGGCACCUCGCCAUUAAGAAUUUUGGCCAGCAGCCCAUUUUUAUUUUCCUACUGAGCACCAGGGCAGGUGGAGUCGGCAUGAAUCUAACUGCAGCAGAUACAGUCAUUUUUGUUGAUAGCGAUUUUAACCCACAAAAUGACUUGCAAGCCACCGCGAGAGCUCACAGGAUUGGCCAGAACAAGCCUGUAAAAAUCAUCCGCUUCAUUGGACGGGACACCGUCGAAGAAAUAAUCUACCGCCGAGCUGCGUCGAAGCUCCAGCUUACGAACGCCAUUAUUGAAGGGGGGCAGUUUGCUCUCGGAGCACCCACAUCCCAGGAAGCAGCAGACGUGCAGCUGAGUGAAAUCCUGAAGUUUGGUUUGGAUAAGCUGCUCUCCUCUGAAGAGAGCACCAUCCAAGAUGUGGACCUGGAAAAUAUCCUUGGAGAGACAAAAGAAGGAGUGUGGGUAAUGGAUGCUGUGCUACCAAGUGAAGAGGAAAGCAGAGUGCGAGAUACAGAAAAUCAUAUGUACCUAUAUGAAGGCAGAGAUUAUUCGAAAGAACCCAGCAGAGAAGACAGAAGAGCAUUUGAUCAGUUGAUGGAUCUUCAGAAAGUCCUUGAAGAGACCAACAAAGGAGGAAGAGCCCUCCGAAAUAAAGCAACUGUCCUUGUCACAGGUCUUCAGGAGGUGUCUGCCAAGAGGAAACAUGUGCUGAGCCCAGAAGAGCUGGAGGCCCGGAGGAGGAAACGACAGGAGGCAGCAGCAAAGAGAGCACGGCUCUUGGAAGAAAAGAAACAGAAGAAAGUAGAAGCCGAACACAAGAAAAAGAUGGCCUGGUGGGAGGCAAAUCACUACAGAUCCCCCUGCCUGCCCUCGGAAGAGAGCGACUCAGAGGACGCCUUUGAGGAGGGGGAGGACGGGCUGGAUGUGGCGGUAGAUGACACAGACACCGAGCUGAACUCCAUCCAGUAUGUGAUGGGGGAUGUUACCCACCCCAGAGCGGAAGAGGAGGAUGCAAUCCUUGUCCACUGCAUAGAUGAUUCCGGCCGCUGGGGACGGGGAGGUUUGUUUACAGCUCUGGAGGUUCGUUCCGAUCAGCCCAGGAAAAUAUAUGAGCUGGCAGGGAGAAUGAAAGACUUGGCACUGGGAAGAACCCUCUUAUUCCCCAUUGACGAUAAAGAAUCCAGAAAUAAAGGCCAGGAUUUGUUGGCCCUGAUUGUGGCACAGCACCGGGAUCGGUCCAACAUCCUGUCUGGCAUUAAGCUGUCUGCUUUGGAAGAGGGCUUAAAGAAGAUUUAUUUAGCAGCCAAGAAGAGGAAUGCAAGCAUCCAUCUUCCACGAAUCGGACAUGCAACAAAAGGUUUUAACUGGUAUGGUACUGAGCGGCUCAUCCGAAAAUAUUUAGCCACAAGGGGAAUCCCCACAUUUAUAUACUACUUUCCUAGGAAUAAAGCUUCUUCCUCUUCACAGCCAUCUACAGCUUCGGGCACAAGCUCAAACCCAGGAAGGUCCAAUGAUUUAACUCAGAAGUGUAUUGAUCUUUAAAAGCCCACAGUCUCUUCAACAUCACAUCUACAGACAGGCUGUAUUUAUGUAGCGUCUCUGAAGCAGAUCCAAAGUCACUGUUGCCCUUCAGGUUUCUAUACCUCCAUAGUUCAGAAUGGUUUUUGUAUUAAUUCUGGAACUGAAUUCCAUUAAACUGUCUUCAAAUUCAAAAGG